AAAAGUAGAGAUUCCGAUCAUCUGAAAAUAGAGAUAGCCAGCCAUCUUCAUCUUCUUCAUUAGCUCUGUUUCAGUUAUUGUGGCUGCCAUGGAAUGUGCUUCAUCUCCAAUUAGCCGUGUAUUUCGACUCAGCUCCAACUUCAUCACUAGAAGCUCAUAUCUCCAAACUACUUCUUCUGUCUCUCGUCCUCUUCUUCCCCGCCGGCGAGCUUUCGGUUUUCGCUUCCAUACCCAACACUUCAAUCGCUUCCAUCUCUCCUCCUCUCUUUCAGAUCCUUCCCAGAACAAUUCAUCUCAUGAACUUGCUAUUCUUCUCGAAGUUGAAGGGGUGCUAAUGGAUGUUCAUCGCAUGGGCAACCGCAAAGCCUUCAAUAUAGCAUUUAAAAAACUAGGGCUGGAUUGUGCAAACUGGUCUGAACCUGUCUACUUAGACCUUUUAAGACAGAGUGUUGGUGAUGAGGAAAGGAUGGUGAUAUUAUACUUCAACAAGACUGGUUGGCCUACAUCCCUACCAACAAAUGAGAAACAAUCAUUCACGAAAAAUGUUCUUAAAGAGAAGAAAAAUGCUUUGGAUGAUUUAGUCAUCUCAAAAGAUCUACCUUUAAGACCUGGUGCAGAAGAUUUUAUUGAUGACGCACUGAGGGAAGAUGUGCCUGUGAUUAUGAUUACAGCCUAUAGUAAGAGUGGUGAAAACAUAGCAAGAUCCAUUAUUGAAAAGCUUGGGCAUGAAAGAAUGUCCAAGUUAAAGAUGAUUGUUGGAAAGAAAGAAGUCGAAAACAGUUUCUAUGGUCAACUUGUGCUUGGCAAAGGUGUAUCUGAUAGUUUGGACGAACAGUUAGCUAGACAAGUAACAAAAGCAGCUGCCGCUGAGAAACAAAGAAUUGCAGAGGAAGUUGCAGCGUUGCUGAAGCUGAGUGUGGAUAUUGAUACAAGCUCUACUGAAAGCUUGCAGGAAAUUGUGGCUGGACUACGUGCAGGGGCUGAGUAUGGUGAGGUCCCAGUUUCGAAUUGUGUUCUUAUUGCGGGCAGCCAAUUGGGGGUUUAUGGAGCUGAGCGAAUAGGGAUGCCCUGCGUAGUUCUGCGCAGCAGUUUGACAGCUAGAGCCGAGUUUCCAUCAGCAAGCGCUGUAAUGGAUGGGUUUGGAGGCGCAGAUCUUUCAAUAUCAAGAUUGCGUAACAGACGUGAGUUAUGAUUGUUCAUGUAAGAGAUGUUAUUAAAUAUUAACCAUUCAUUUGGCUUGUCUAGAAUGAAAUUAUUUUACAACAUUUGUUUAUUUAUGUAUAUUCUAAGAAAAACUGAUACAGAACCUUGUGUAUUUGAGUCUUCAUUUUCAGAAAAUAAAAUGUACAUUCUGUGCUUU